AUGCAUCUAAAGAAUGUAGAAAGAACAUAUGCAGAAACAAAAAGUGACUUGACUAAAGUUCAGCUUUCUCAAAAGAUCGAACCAUCCAGAAUUGCUAAGGCAAGCGAUAGUAUCAUCCUUUAUGCCAGUGAUGUGGACAAGGUUAUCUAUUCCAUUACAUUAGGGAUGGAUGGAGUGGCAGUUAAAGACAAUGUUACAGUUUUGACAAAAUACUCAGCCUCUAGCACAGAAGCAGUGUCUAUGUGCCUUAACAAUAACAUCCUUUAUCUGUCUCACAAGGGCAAUCCAGGCGGAAUCUUAAGUAUUGCAAUGUCAACACUCGAGGAAACCGUGAUCGUACAAAAAGGAACUGUAGAAUGCAGUGAACGCGCACACGUGGCCUCGUAUCUCGCUGGUAUAGUUUAUGUGGACAUUGGAAGCCUGCAAAUAAAGACGAAGAUCUGUGGUGAGGAGGCCUUAGUUAUUGCUGGCACAGGAAAGGAAGGCAAUUCGAAUGGAAAGGGAGACCAAGCAACAUUUGCGCAGCCUAUGUGCAUAUGUGUGGAGCACGAUAAGAACAUAUUCAUCACCGAUGCUCAAACAGGCUCUGUGAAGCUAAUUACCUCAAUAAAAGGCAUU